CACACAAAUAAACAUCACAACUAAAACAAUAACAUACCAAAAACAAUAAUGAAGAUCCUCUCACUUUCACUUAUCUUGCUCUUGGCCGCUACGGUCUCCCAAGGCCGACCUUCGCUACCUUUGCCUAGGCUCAUUGAACUCCUCACAUCAGCCAACGAAGCCGAACUCUCAGAGGAACAACGACUCUCCAUCAGCUACCCCAACUGCAGAAGCUGGCACCUUGGUGUUGAGACCUCUAACAUCAUAAACUUCCAGACAGUGCCCGCAAAUUGCAAAGACUAUGUUGAAGACUACCUCACUUCCGAACAGUACCGUGCUGACUCCAAAACGGUGUGCAAAGAAGCUUAUUUCUACGCCAAAGGACUUGCUUUGAAGAAUGACACCGUCAAUGUUUGGAUCUUUGACCUUGACGAGACCCUCCUCUCUAAUGUUCCCUUUUACGCUCAAUAUGGAUACGGGACAGAGAAGCAAGACCCAAAUGCGUUCAAUAAGUGGCUGGAGGCCGGAGAAGCUCCCGUGCUCCCAGAGACUUUGCAUCUUUACCAAAACAUCCAAGAACUCGGGAUUGAGCCUGUCUUACUCACUGAGCGUUACCAAGAGUUGGCGGAAGUCACUCUAAAGAAUCUCGAAGCUGCUGGCUUCACCUAUUGGAGACAAAUCUUAUUUAAGCCAACGGGUUCAAACACGAAGAUAUCAAACUUCAAGUCAAAGGAGAGGAAGAAGCUGGUGAGGAGUGGUCACACUAUCAUUGGGAAUAUUGGAGACCAAUGGGCUGAUUUGGCUAAAGACAGCCCUGGGAGAAGGACAUUCAAGCUCCCUAAUCCACUCUACUACAAGAACUAAUCAAGCAUCUUUUUCAUGUAUUUGUUGUUCAUGCAUCCACCUAAAUAUGAGUCAAUGUAUUCUAUCGCAACUAAAUAAAUAACUCAUAAAUAAAUGAGUACUUCGUACGUACUUUUUUAUA